AUGUCGACGGUCUCGCCCCACUCCCACUCGAGGUCGAGGUCCCGGAACGUCAUCUCGCAGUCCGUGGGCUCGACCGUCGGGUUGAUGGGCGCCGCCGUGGGAUUGCCGACGUCCGUCGUCGCCGUCGGCGCGGGCCGCACGCAUUCGCUCGCGUUGGACGCGGACGGCGCGGUCUACUCCUGGGGCUGCGGCGACGACGGCGCGCUGGGCCACGGCGACCGCCGGCGCCAGCUCGCGCCCAGGGCCGUCGAGUUCUUCAAGACGCGGCCCGCGGCGGCGGUCAGCUGCGGGUCGCGGCACAACGCCGUCGUGACGGCCGACGGCGCGCUCGUGACCUGGGGCUGGGCGGCCUACGGCCAGUGCGGCGCGUCCGCCGGCGGCGACGGCCUGCGGCCCGCGGAGGUCCCGCUGCCCGGCGACGGCGGCGCGGAGUGCGUCCUGGCGGCGUGCGGCUACCGCCACACGCUCUGCGCGACGCGGCACGCGUCCGGCGACGCGAUCUGGGCCUUCGGGUGGAACGCCUACGGCCAGUGCGGCGGGUCGACGUGCUCCGCGGCGGCGCCGCGCCGCGUCGGCGGGAAAUUUUUGGGAUCGCCCGACGGGAACAACGGCGCGGUCGUCGAGGCGCUGUCCGCGGCUGUGCCGAAUUCAAAUCUUCAAGUCGACUUCAGUGUGAGCGUACGCGACAGUUUCGACGAAAUCUCUUCAGUCGUGCUUCGAGAACUCGACGAGAGCAAUCGGUCCGCGGGCGGCCGCCACUCCGUGUGCUGCGUGCGGCUCCCCGGCGGGGGCACGGCGACCUACGCCUGGGGCCGCGGCGACGACGGCCAGCUCGGGAGCGGGGAUCGGAGGGACCGGCGCGCGAACCCGCGCGUCGCGGCGACGGCCGCGCGCGUCAACUCCGUGGGGCAGCGGCCGCUGCGGGCCCUGGCGUGCGGCUGGGCGCACACG